AUGGCGCACUCAAAACGCAACACCUCCCUUCCCCACUUCACAUCCUACGAACGGGGUCUCCUCCGCUCCAGCUGGGGCACCCAGCGCGGCGUCAUCAGCCGCGACUCAUUCCUCCCGUUCGGCUCCUGCCGACUCUGCCUCCAGCCCGCCCGCAGCCCCGUCGUCGCCUGCGCCACGAACGGCGACCUCUUCUGUCGCGAAUGCGCCAUCAGCGACCUCCUCGCCCAGCGGCAGGAGAUCAAGCGACUCGAGCGCGAACGCGAGGAGGCGAAGAAACGCCUCGCGGAAGAUGAGGAGCGCACGCUCGAGGAGGCGCGGCGGAGGGAGCUCCGCGAGUUCGAGCUCGUGAGCAUGGGGUUGGAAGCGGCGAAGAACGACCACAAGGCCAAGGGGGGCGCGAAUGGGGGCGAGAAUCACCGGAAACGCAAGGCCGAGGAGGCCGAGGAGGCGUUGGCGGCGUUCAAGGCGCGCGAGAUCGAGGUCGAUGGGAAGCGGAAGAAGAUCUUCGAGCUGGAUGAGAAGGAGAUGGCGCGGGUGGCGCGGGAGGAGCAGGAGCGUCUGAAGCGGGAGCUGAAGCGGGAAAAGUCGGAGGCGAGCAAAUCCGCGCUCCCCUCGUUCUGGGUCCCUUCGCUGACCCCGACGACCGAUCCCAACGAAAUCGCCGCGAACAAGGUCGUCAAGAUGACGCCCAUCUGUCCCGGCUCGACGGACGAGAACCGCCACGGCUACUCGCUCAAAUCGCUGGUCGAGGUGCAUUUCACAGAGGAGAAGGCGACGGACGGGACCGUCGCGCGGAUCUGUCCCAGCUGCAAGAAGAAUCUCAGUAACGGGCUCAAGGCAAUGCUAACAAAACCCUGCGGGCACGUUAUCUGCCAACCGUGCGUCGCCAAGUUCAUGACACCGCAUGAUGUGCCGGACCCGCAUGCCAGUAAGGAGGAGCAGGAGCGGACGGCGGCGCUGCACGGCUUGAUUCUCUGCUACGUGUGUGAAACGGACAUUACGCCCCGGAAUCCCAAGGCCGAGGCAGACGAGAACGGGGCUAGAAAUGGGAAUGGGAAGAAGUCCAAGAAGAAGGACAAGGACCCCGGCAUUCGGCCGGGAUUGGUGCCGGUCAGUUCGGAGGGAACGGGGUUUGCAGGGCGUGGGGGGAAUGUCGCGACCAAAGCUGGUGUUGCCUUUCAAUGUUGA